AUGUCUUUUGGACAGUACACCACCAUCAGUCGUUUUACAAACAAGCAUGGCACCCAUCGAGAGCAAGAUCGUGUGGAGUGCAUGAACAACGCAUUGCGAAUACUUGCAACAGAGAUCUUUCCGGAUUGCCAGGUCGGGCAUUUACGAGAGAAGCUGCAGAGUUACGACCACCACUAUAUCGAGAAAGUUACUGAAGAGAUGCUUCAAGAGCGAACAUGGCCUGAGAGAUUGGAUUAUGCACAGUUCCAUCGUUCGGAUAUGAUUAAAAGCGAUCGAUACAAGCAUCAAGCUCUAGAACAGCUUGCAGUAGAUUUCCCAAAGAUUUGCAAAUCAUCCAUUCGUGCUGUAAUGGCUGAAAACAAUUGGGACUAUGUAAAGAGCUACGACCAAUUAAGCGACAUGGGCGCAGGAGGAUUUUGGAGGACGCUUCGUAACUUGAUUCGACAUUGGAAACCACCACGUAUCUCAUUAUCAUCAUCAUCAUCAUCAUCAUCCUCGGACUUGGAAAUCGACCUUGAUCACGAUAUCCACAUUAUCAAGCGGCGUGCUCUCGAUGCACAAAUGGAGAAGGAUCAUAUUCUGGCUCAGCAAAUCAACGCCUCCAUGGAAUAUGAUACGCUGUUAGAAUGCGGAUGCUGCUAUGGCGACUAUGCUCUUGAACAACUGAUUUAUUGCAGCCAAGGAGAACAUGGGUUUUGCUAUGAUUGUAUCAAACGAUUUGUUGCCGAAGGUCUUUUUGGUCAAGGCAAUUUGCGCGGAGUGACUCGGAUUCCCUGUAUUACUGUCGAUGGCUGUGAUGGUUGUUUGCAAAAUGGCAUGUUGCAAAGGAUACUUCCUACCGAUAUGUGGAUGGCGUAUGAACGAUCAUUACUUGAGCACUUUGAAGGUGAUCGACAAAUGGUGCGAUGCCAAGCAUGUGGCUAUGCUGAAUUAGACGAAUCAUUACGACCCCUCCAUCCCACCACCUUAUCUUGGAUUGUCAUAGCAGUACGCUGGUUGCUUAUGUGCGAUAUCAGCCAUAUUUUGGAAACAGCCUAUGAUCGGAUAGCAUGCGAACGACGUGGUACCAUAUUUCGUUGUCGACAUCCCGAAUGCAGCAAGCUUACCUGCCUCCAGUGCCAUCAGAUAGUAAGAGGCUUGCACAAAUGCUUUGAAAAGGAAAAGGAUGGAUUGCGUCUUUAUGUCGAGCAGGCCAUGGUAGAUGCGGUGAAGAGGACGUGUCCUGUAUGCAAUCUUUCGUUCCAAAAAGCGGAUGGAUGCAACAAGGUUGUAUGUCAAUGUGGCUAUGCCAUGUGUUAUGUUUGUCGAAAGGAUAUUCGUAAAGAAUCUUACGGUCACUUUUGCGAACAUUUCCGUGAAAUACCCGGUGAGCCGUGCAGGCAUUGCAACAAGUGUGAUCUUUACAAAACGGACCCAGAAGAUCAAGCCAUUAAGAAAGCUGCUGAAAAGGCGCGUCAGGAGUAUCUUUCCACGCAUCCUGAGCUUACCCUAUCACCACAACACUAUCGUAACAUUGGGCCAGCUUCUAUGCGUCACCGGAUAGGCAAGUGCAUCAUGUUGCAUUUUCAUCAUCAUCAUCAUAGCUUACAAGGCACAUUAUAG